CCCAUCCCCCACCCCGCACGCAGCAGUCACGACGCCUCCUGGCGGUGGCCUUGAACCAGCCCUUGGCCUCUCUUCUCUUUCCUCUUUGGGACCCAGACUGCCCCUGGAUCACUCUAGCCACCCGGCCUGGACCUCCCCUUCCCUGGAAUUCUCCCCUAGGCCAUCGUAGAGUCCGGGUCCACAGCACUGGCCACACCUGCACCUUUCCCGAGGUCUCUCCAGAAAGCCAGCCCUAACUCGCCAGGGCGCGCGUCUCCCCGUCUGCCUCCCCUUCCCGGCCCCGCCCCGACUCCUCCCAGCCCCUGGGGCCCUCCCGCCUCCUCCCCUCCCGUCCGCCCCUCCAGACUCCAGCGCGGGCUGGGCCGGCAGCCUGAGGACAGCUGCGAGCAGGGAGUCCGGGCAAGGCUUGACCCGAGGACACUCCUAGAACUGGCGGAAGCCGAACCCAGAGGUACCCGGGGCCCUGGGCCCUUGGUUGGGGUUACUGGAGGAGGUAGCCCCACUGGUGGCCGUUUCCCUGGGCCGGGUCAUGCGUUGCCGCAAGUGCCAGCUCUGCCUGUCAGCACUGCUCACACUCCUGGGCCUCAAAGUAUACAUCGAGUGGACAUCUGAGUCCUGGCUUAACAAGGCUGAACCCCGGGGCACCCUGCUCAGUCCCACACCACCCAUCGCUGAGCCCACUCUGCCCAUCAACCUCUCAGCACGCCUGGGUCAGACUGGCCCACUGUCCUUGGCUUACUGGAACCAGCAGCAGCGGCAUCUGAGAGUCCUGCCCAGUACAGACUGCCAGACUUGGGGGACUGUUGCUGCCUCGGAGAUCUUGGACUUCUUUAUGUACCCCCAGGACCUCCAGCGCUUCUUGCUAUCAGCAGCCUGUAGGAGCUUCCCACUAUGGCUGCCUGCAGGGGGAGGCAACCCAGUGGCCAGCUGCUCUGAUAAGGAUGUCCCCUACCUGCUCCUGGCUGUCAAGUCAGAACCAGGACACUUUGCAGCACGCCAGGCUGUGCGAGAGACCUGGGGCAGUGCAGCCGCUGGGACCCGGUUGCUCUUCCUGCUGGGGUCCCCAUUAGGAAUGGGGGGUCCUGACCUAAGAUCACUGGUAACAUGGGAGAGCCAGCACUAUGGUGACCUGCUGCUCUGGGACUUCCUGGAUGUUCCUUACAACCGGACACUCAAAGACCUGCUGCUGCUGACCUGGCUGAGCCGCCACUGCCCCGACGUGAAUUUUGUCCUGCAGGUGCAGGAUGAUGCCUUUGUGCAUGUCCCUGCCCUGCUGGAGCACCUACAGGCACUGCCGCCCACCUGGGCCCGCAGCCUCUACCUGGGGGAGGUCUUCACCCAGGCCAAGCCGCUCCGCAAGCCUGGAGGACCCUUCUAUGUGCCGAAGACCUUCUUUGAAGGUGACUACCCAGCCUACGCAAGUGGAGGUGGCUAUGUCAUCUCGGGACGCCUGGUGCCCUGGCUGUUGCAGGCAGCAACCCGUGUGGUACCUUUUCCCUUUGAUGAUGUCUACACUGGCUUCUGCUUCCGUGCCCUGGGCUUAGUGCCCCGUGCCCAUCCAGGGUUCCUCACAGCCUGGCCAGCAGACCGCACCAGGGACCCCUGCAAAAUUCGAGGCCUGCUGCUGGUGCAUCCAGUCAGCCCCCAGGACACCAUUAGGCUCUGGAAACACCUGUGGAGCCCCGAGCUGCAGUGCUGAGCCUCAGAGACAAGCUAGGGUGGGGGUGUUAAGGGUCUUGCGCCCCUCCUCAACCCUCCCUAGUCAAGAACUGGGUAGCAGACAAGGUGGUAGACUGUGCCCAUUCUUUCUCAUUUUGAAAACUAUGUUCUCCCUA